AUGUACAACAACCCCAUCAUCCCCGGGUUCAACCCGGACCCCUCCAUCAUCCGCGUCAACAAGGACUACUUCCUCGUCACCUCCUCCUUCGAGUACUUCCCCGGGGCCCCAAUCUACCACAGCACAGAUCUAAUCCGCUGGUCAUUGAUCGGUCAUGCCCUAACAAAACCCAGCCAGCUGCAGAUCCACACUCCCGAGCCCGGCGGCGGGAUCUGGGCAACAACCCUGCGCUACCACAAGGGGACCUUUUACAUCAUCGCCGCCGGUUUCGAGCGGUAUCGUCCCCAGGAGGACGACCGGGUCUGGCCGCGAGGAUUCUACGUCAAGACGGAGAACAUCUGGGACUCGAAUUCGUGGUCUGAUCCCGUGUAUUUCGACCAGGUCGGGUUCGACCAGGAUCUUUUCUGGGACGACGACGGAACCGUGUACCUAUCAUCAACAUACCGCAAGCUCACGGGUAACUCCACCUCCGAGCCGAGGCUGAUCCGCGAAUCGGCCUCCGGGGUGGCGGAGGGAUCGCAUAUCUUCAAGCGGGGAAAGUACUACUAUCUCUUCACGGCGGAGGGGGGCACCGAGAGCGGGCACUGCGAGUGGGUUUGUCGGAGCGAGGUCAGUCCGUUCGGACCGUGGGAGGUUGGGCCGUGUAAUCCACUCUGGCGGAAUGGGGUAGACGACGAGGUACAGAAUACCGGGCAUGCGGAUCUGGUCGAGGACGCGCAGGGGAACUGGCCGGUGUGGAAGGAUGGGGGAUGGGAGGAGUCGGUUUUUGGUCGGGAGACGUUCCUCGUUCCCAUGGAGUGGAGGGAUGAUUGGCCGAUCAUUAAUGGCGGGCAGAAGGUCACUCUCAAGUCUGGGCCAGGGCUUUAUGAAUAUGAGCCACCAGUGGCGUGGAGGGACGACUUCUCCAAUCCCAAGCUCCAGCUGGGCUGGUAUAGAAAGAACACACCCAUAAAAAUCGACUAUUCUCUUACCGAGCGGCCAAACCAUCUGCGCCUGCACGGCGGCCCAUACAACCUCUCCUCACCGGCCAGCCCAACUCUCUUUCUAAGGAAGCAAUCAUCUCGUCACUGCACCUGGGAGACCCGACUAUCUUUCCAACCCGCUUCCAUCCACGUAGAAGCCGGCACAGUGGUCUACUGGAAUUACUUCACCAACAGCUCGAUCGGCGUCCGGCUCUCCCCGAAAGGAAACCGUAUCGUGCGCUUUCGACCGGCGGAGGGCGAGGUCGUUGACAGGGAGGUGGGCCCAAGCUCCGACAUCAUCUUCCUGAUCGAAUGCGGAGAUAGGUACAGAUUCGGAUUCAAGGAGGCCAGCGAGGCCGGCGAAUCUCCGACGCAGUGGAUUGGGGCGGUUGCGAAUAGCGUCAUGACCAGAGCACCUCCAGUCGGGGCGCGGUUUACAGGGAUGAUGCUGGGAUUGUACAGUUAUGGCGAGUUGCAAAAGUGUCUCGCUCCCGCUGAUUUUCAUUAUGCUGAGUUUCGGUGA